AUGCGGUUCAAGAGACUCUACACGUCCUUCCUGGUCAUCUGCGCUUCUGCAGCGCUGCACCGCUGCGGCGUGCACGCCCAACCCCCUCCGAACAUGGGCGCCAUCGAGCACCUCUUCGGAGAAGAGGUGCCUGCCAACCUCGCCCACGUCGACACGAGCCUGUUCGAGAACUGGCUCCUGCACGCUCCAGAGCACGCACCGCCUCCCGCCGUCGACUACCAAGCUGUCCAUGGCCACGUCCCGAACCUCGACUACGCCCACCAGAGCUCCGGCUAUCCGCGUGCCGAUCACGGCGCCAACGUCGACCCCAACGCCUAUCACUAUUACGCUGGCCAGGGACAGGAACAGGACUUCGGCCACUUUCCCCAGGCUGACUACGGCCAGCCCGCGGACCCUGGCUAUGCUCAUCACCAGACAGCCGAGGAGCCGCUCUCUGUCUACGACUACCUCGCCGAGAGCGCAAUGAGCCCGAGCCAGGAAAGUCAGGGCUCGAGUGCUCACGGGCCUGCUUUCCCCAUCGAGCGAGACCACCCGUUCAAUCGGGCCGCGUCGGGUUCCGCUUCGGGCGCGAUCAACGCCCAAGUCGACACCGUCGCCAAGGGACGUACCGGCAGACCCAGGACGGUCCCACGCCGGCUACGCGUGUCCGAAAGCCUUGCCAAGGUCAUCGACGAUCCCACCUUCCAUGCGGACCGGGUCAGUGCCCAGCUCCGGAAGACGAAAUACGUGCCCGUCCUGAAGCGGGUCAAGGUGGCCACGGCCGAGCUGCAAGCGGCGUUCCUGCGGCACUACAAGGACGAGCUGCGAUCCGCUCUCCCCGCUCCCUACCAGGACCUGCUUGAAUACAUCCACUUUGCGCCCUUCGUUUCCAGGCAGGUGGAUCCGAAGUACAUGGGAUCCGUCUACGAGAGCGCGCGCAGGCUCUACGUCGAAGUCGCCACCGCAAAGUACCCGUCCAUGAACCUCGACAACCUGCAUGGCCCCGUCGACAGGCCGCUUCACCUCGGAGACUACUUUGUCAAUGUCGUCAUCGACCCGCAGCGCCAGGAGGAGCACUUCUUCCACGCCCCCGUCGUCGCUCAGCACCGCGCGUUCCCGGCAAAGGACAAAGAGGGAGACGUGUACCGCCGAUUCUACCUCGGUGAACUUUUCAACGCCCCUCUCGAACCCAUCUUUGCCGUUGUAUUCACGGAAGACGUAUCGUUCGCAUUGUGA